UACCGAUACGCCUUUGGGUUGUUUACUUUUUGAUACGCAUCAAGCGCGAGUGCAGUUUCCUGUUCGAUUUUUGAAAUAAAAAUAUUUAAAUUACUCAGAAAAUGUCCUACGAAACAUGUCGCCUGUGUGGUUACAACUCACCGGACACGAUCGAAUUGUUCGGGGAGCAAGGCGUUGCCGGUGAGUAUGUGAAAAAGAUCGGACGAUACCUGUACCUAUUGGUGCAGGCAGAUGACGAUUUGGCUAAAACGGUUUGCUGGAUGUGCACCCAGCAAUUGGAUUCAUUCCACCGAUUUCACGGGAAGAUCAAUGAAAUUCAGCAGAGGCUGCUGAAAGAUCGCUAUCCGGAGUUUGUCAUAGAAAUGCAGCAGAAAUUUCCGGACGACACGGAAGAAAUCGAAAUAAUACAACACACGGAGCUAAUGGAUCUGGAAGAUUCCGUCAAACACGAGUCCAGUAUCACUUUGUUAGAUACUACAGAAUUCCAACCGGAAAAUAUAGAAUGCGAGAAAGAAUCUGUUCUGAUUCUGAAACCACCAUCUUUUGUACCCCUAGAACGAGAAAAAGCUUCAGUAUUACCCACAGAUGAUAAUCACACACUUCAAGCUUCAUCGGUAUCCAUUCCGUUGCGUGAUGAAAAUGACCUCGUUGAAAUUCUAAACCCGCGUAAAAGGUUGAGAACUUAUUCCAAAUUGUCCAAGUCUGAUAAAAAUCAAUCGCCCCAAAAAAUAAUUAACCAGACCGGAGAAGCCAGAAAAAGUCCUAGGAAAGUGAAACUGAAACCGGACGAGGUUGUAACAAUCAAAGAAACACCGAAUGUCGAGAACCCUGACUAUUUGCAAGAUAGCCACUAUAGCGAGGAGGAAGAAGAAGAAGAAUUUUCACCACGUGAUCCCGAAAAUGAAGAGUGGCCAGCAGCCGGAACGAUGGAACAGUUCCCAACCGAAAUUAUUUGUAAUGGUUCGUUAACGAUCCGGGGGGCGCAGUUGAUGUCAAUGGUAAACAAGUUCUACAAUAUGCAGUGUCAAAAGGUCAAUUUAUUAAAGCGGAAUUGA